AUCUUUCCAGACUACAUUUGUUCCAUAAAACGUGCUGGGUCGACUCUACCAGACUCGCCGGUACGACAGAAUGCAUAUACAGUACAUGUUGUAACUUGUACCGGCUCGGAUCAUGCACAAUUUAGAGCGAAGCCUAGGGAUGGUAAGAGGACAGUUGAUUGGGUUCAGGGGGAUUAUAGAUUUACCAACAGAUUUUCAGUACAGGGAUGCUGAAACUGUAAGUGUGAGUGUGGAAACUGGUAAAUUUGCUGUGGAACACCAACGAAGAGAACAGCAGAGAUCUGACAGCCGAAGAAAACAGGCAGCCCGGAUACCGAAACAAACUCCAGUUUUUACAAGUCGGUUCGAGGUAGAAGGAGUAGGAUCUCCGGUACAGGGAAGAGAUAUAUUUGAUUUUAAUGAUUCAAGGUUUAUUAAUCCUAUUCCAGAGACAAGGUUUAAUAAACCGAAUCCUGAUCUUGAACUGGAGCGUGAGGAGGAGAAAAGGUUUCAGGGUUUAAACUCUCUCCAACCAUCCUCAGCUCAGCUGAACUUCCCUCCCUUGGGACUUAAACUCUUCGGAAUUGACUCUGCAGAUGGAUUUCCUGGUUCAGAGGUUCAGGAUGAAGUUUUCUCCAACCCUGGAGAAGGAUUUAACUCCGGAUUUGAAAACUCCCAUCCUCCGUUUCUGUUUGAACCCGUUGAAGAGGGAUACAGUGGUAUCUACGGAUUUAGUACUCCUAGACCAUACCUUGCUCCUACUCCUUCUCCACAUAGAUACACUCCUGUAACCAACCCUGGGAUCCCUCCAAUCCCAACCCAUCCUUCAAAACCUCAUCCCAUCUUUUCAAAGAGCCAAACAGCUUCUCACUUGGAUUCUCAUCCAAUAAACUAUCUGGAUUCUCAUCCAAUCAACCAUCUGGAUUCUCAUCCAGGCACUUACUCUGACAGUUAUCACUCCAAAUACUCCGAAACUUAUCCAAAAACUUACUCUAAGCCUAAUCCUAAUCCCUACUCCUAUUCCGAAAACAAACAUUCCUCCUACUCACAUCCUACUUCUCAACCCUACUCUGCCCAUCACUCCUCGUUCUCUUACUCCGACACAUCUCACUCCGGUGCUCCAAUUGAAUCAACCUACCCGGAAAACCAUCCGUCCAGUACCUACCAUUCUGGUGGAUUAGGAGCUCGGAAAGGUUCUUAUCCGUCCUAUCCUCACUCGAUCACACCCAAACCUUAUAUCUCUUCUCUUCCUCAAUCUUAUUCUCCAUCCUCCUCCUCCUCAUACCUAUCCUCUCCCUCCUACUCCUCCUCCUCCUCCUCUGACUAUCCUAAUCAUAAAUCUUCCUAUGAUGCUGCACUCCUCUCCCCCACAUAUGUUUCCCACCGGGAGGAUAGGUAUUUUAUCCAACAUUAAAACUAUAGAUUAUUAUAGUUAAGCCUUAGAAAACUCUUGUCAUGCCUAAGCAAGAUAUACUCAAGCUUGAGCAAGAUAUACUCAAGCUUGAACAAGAUAUAAUCAAUCUUGAGCAAGAUGUACUCAAGAUUGAACAAGAUAUACUCAAGCUUGAGCAAGAUAUAAUCAAGCUUUAGCAAGAUAUACUCAAGCUUGAGCAAAAUAUAAUCAAGCUUACGCAAGAUAUAAUCCAUCUUGAGCAAGAUAUACUCAAGUCUAAACAAAGUCAAGCAUAAACAAGAUCUUCUUAAGUCUAAACAAGAUCGAGCCUAAACAAGAUCUUCUCAAGUCUAAACAAGAUCAAGCCUAAACAAGAUUUUCUCAAGUCUAAACAAGAUCAAGCCUAUACAAGAUCAAGUCUAAACAAUAUAAAGACUAAACUUCUUAAGUCUAAACAACAUCUUCUUAAGCCUUAAGAACUUUUUUAUUGGUUAAGAACUAGAAGUUUAUCCCUUAGGAACAACCCAACAUUUAUAUAUUUAACGGGAUUACUUUUUAUCUAGAAACUUAUACUUUUAGAAAACCCUGCAUUGUAAAUUUGGGUCACCCGGUAUCAUUUAGGAAACCCUAAAUAAUAUUUUGGGACAUCUUACAUUAUAUUUUGGACACCUUUCAUGCCAUUUUGAGACAUCCUGUAAUAUUUCGGACAUCGAUUUGGGAAACUUUACAUAAUAUUACGGGACAUCAAACAUUAUAUUGGGGGCAUCCUACAUCAUACUGUGGAACACACGGCAUUAUACUUUGGGAUUCAAAUUUUGGGACGCUCUGCAUUAUAUUUUGGGACACUUUACGUUUCAUUUUGGAACAUCCUGCAUCAUAUGGACACAAUGCAUUUUACUUUGGGACACAUAGCAUUUUUUUUGGACACCCUGUAUUUCAUUAUGGGAAACCUUGAAUUAUACAGGGUGUAUUAUAUUUUGGGACACCCUGCAUAAUAUUUUGGGACACCCUACAUUAUAUUUUGGGACAAUCUGCAUUAUAUUUUGAGACACCCUGCAUUAUAUUUUGGGACACCCUGCAUCACAUUUUGGGACGCUCUGCAUUAUAUUUUGGGACAUUUUACAUUUCAUUUUGGAACAUCCUGCAUCUUAUUUAUGAACACCAUUCAUUUUACUUUGGGACACAUAGCAUUUUAUUUUGGGACACCCUUUAUUUUUUUAGGGACACCCUGUAUUUCAUUUAGGGACACACUGAAUUAUAUUUUGGGACACCCUGCAUUAUAUUUUGGGACACCCUGCUUUACAUUUUGGGACAACAUGCAUUAUAUUUUGGGACACCCUACACUAUAUUUUGGGACUAUUGGCAUUAUAUUUUGGGACACCCUGCAUUAUAUUUUGGGACACUUUACAUUUUGGUACAUCCUGCAUCCUAUUUAUGAACACCAUGCAUUUUACUUUAGGACACAUAGAAUUUUAUUUUGGGACACCCUGUAUUUUAUUCAGGGACACCCUGUAUUUCAUUUUGGGACACACUGAAUUAUACUUUGGGACGCCCUGCAUUAUAUUUUGCGACACCCUGCAUUAUAUUUUGGGACACACUGCAUUACAUUUUAGGACAACCUGCAUAAUAUUUUGGGACACCCUGCAUUAUAUUUUGAGACACCCUGCAUUAUUUUUUGGGACACACUGCAUUAUUUUUUGGGACACACUGCAAUAUAUUUUGGGACACCCUGCAUUACAUUUUGGGACACCCUGAAUUACAUUUUGGGACAACCUGCAUUAUAUUUUGGGACACCAUGCAUUAUAUUUUGGGACACCAUGUAUUAUUGAUUUUCCAGAAUACCGUAUGAUUUCUCACGAUGUCUCUUCUCAUUGAUUAUAUUGAGAAAUCUGCAGAUUUAAUUAUAUAUAUUGGUCUGGUUGGUUCCUCCUAUUACAGGGUCAUUAGAGGAUAAUUAAACCUUUCAAUUAGUCAUUAUUAUUGUAAUCCAACCAGUGUAAUUCAUACAAUUCAUAUUAUCACGUUUUUUUGCUAUAUUGUUUGAUUUAUGUUUUAUACAGUAUUAAUCUGAAAAAGUGAGGGGAAAAGUCGUCUUUUUUCUUUCUUUCUUUCUUUAUUUCUUUAUUUCUUUCUU